CCAAGUAUACCUUAAUUAGUACGUUCUCUCCCUUUACACGACACGAACGUCAACGUAAUAAAUAACUCAGUCUUGCGUGUGUCUUAUGGAUCGGGACGGAGAUUUCGCCGCCGAGUGCUGAGCGAUCUUCGAAGAUGCGACGGCGAGAAGAAAAGCGACGAAAGUUACACGAAGCUCUUCUUCAAACACUAUAUCCUCCUUCAUCGCCUUCGUCUCUUUCAUCUUCUCCGUCUCCGACUGAGUUUGAUGACGAACCGUUCGAUGUGACACUCAUAAACCCAGAGGAUUACGUUAAAAUCGACUCAUCAAAUCACGGCGACGAAAACGAAAACGAAGGCGAAUCAGAGACAGCAGAGAAACCGAGUCGAGCGCAGAGGAAGAGGAUAAGGAAGAAGAUGCUCAAAGAGGAAGCAGGUCGACGGAGGAAAGUUAUUGGUCCCCUACUUCCGACAGAUAUAACUCAGACCCGUGAUGCUGGUCGGAGCAACCGUGCCCAAGAAGAGGAGAGUUGCUUACAACCUGCUCGACUAAAUGCCCAAGAACAAGAAGAGAAACUGAGUUUCGCUGGCAACGAUAAGACGAGAAAAGUCAAGAAGAGGAGAGAGGCAAAGAAACUGGCUAAAGAGACUUCUGAACCGAUUCAUGUCAAUGAUCCAACCUCAUAAAUUUCUUAACUAGUGUUCAAAAAGCAACGGAUCUUAAUGUAAGAGCUGAUUACACUUUCAUUAAUAAUACAAGGGUACGUUGCUAAA